AUUACGGCGUCGUGCAUCGACCUUGUCGAAAUGCCAAUGCUGUAUCUGCCUUUCGUGAAAGUUAUUCUGUCGAUGGCAGCCGCGGACUGUGCACGUUUAUUCAACGUAGUGUAACAAAAUGUGGCGGAAUCGUCGUAAAACGAGAGGAUUAAAAAGAUGGAUGGAAGAGGAGGGUACUAUGAAGAAGACUCUCGUCACCGCAGUGGCGGAAGUGAUUGGUACAUUCAUCUUGGUGUUUGUGGGAUGUAUAGGCUGUGUAAGCGGUCUAGAUAUCGUGCCUACUUAUUUAACGAUAACGCUAAACUUCGGCUUAGCGGUUAUGGUUGUGAUCCAGUGUAUCGGUCACAUCAGUCAGGCUCAUAUUAAUCCAGCAAUCACAGCGGGAUCUGUCGUUUUGGGGAAAAAAACUAUUCCCGAGGCCAUAGUAUACAUUAUAUCUCAGUCGAUAGGUGGUGUUCUGGGGUUCGGUAUGAUAAAGGCGUUGACACCGUAUAAUCGCUUGACAGCCGAUAUUGCCGACCAGAAUAAGCUUUGCGUGACUGAUUUGCACGCUGAAUUGACCAUAAUCCAGGGUCUGAUACUCGAGGCAAUCGCUACCUCCCUGCUGAUGCUGGUAUUCUGUGCCAUAAUGGAUCCGAGAAACGAGAAGAACUCGGACUCGAUACCGAUAAGAUUCGGCCUCACGGUCGCCGUAGUGGCGACCGUAUUCGGACCCUACACCGGUGGUAGCAUGAACCCGGCGAGAUCAUUGGGGCCCGCAGUGUGGAACAAUGCAUGGUCGCAUCAUUGGGUCUAUUGGUUCGGCCCGAUCGGCGGAGCCCUAAUUUCCUCAUUCAUGUAUAAAACAAUCUUCGGCGUUCCCGCAAAGAUUCCCGAAGAUGAAGAGCCAACCGCCGAAGCAGUUGCACUUAACAGCGUAGAUGCCCAUAAAAGCGAGCAGGCCUAAUUUCGAUGGAGACAAACCCCGACCAAUGUGACAGGUGGUAAAAAGAAGCUAAAAUUCGGUCGAUAUUUUUUCAACACGAAGAAAACUUUCAAACAUCUCUUGAGAAGACAGAUACUUUAAAACACACAGACGAUUCGAUGACGAGUCGCUUCAAACAGUCAGAAUUAUGAAAAGGGCUUCGGAGCUCAGAAGUCAAUCAGAAGAUGUACGCAAUCUUCGAGAUUAUCAUCAUAGAAUGACGUAGCUCCCAUCAUGUGCGUACAUUCUCGUACCGCAAGUCACACCAUUUCUCAGUGUUAGUUUUAUAAAAUCGUUUAAUUGUAUUAAAUCGCGUUUGUUAUCAUUAUUGUUAUCUUUUUUUCAAUAAUCCAGUUUAAAUCGAAAUCGAAUAAAUAAGGCUUCCGCGUUCUUUUAUCGAGUCUUAAUAUCUAAUUAAGUAUGCUUGCCUGUGUUUAAUCAGGUAUUUUAGAUUUAUCCUGGCAAAACACUCGCGCGCGAUGUGUGAAAGCAUCUCGACGAUAGGAUCGUCGAGAGUGGACUCAAUCUUACGAUCAAACCUCAAUUAAUACGAAAGAAAUUAAUUUCGAAUAAACCUGUUGUGUGCCACUUUCUCUCUGUAAUAUAGUCUAUAUUCGCUAUAAAAUACCUCCAUCAUCUCUACAAGUUUAUUGUAUGUAUAUACAUAUAUUAUUUCUUUUCUUCAUCUGCUAUAAGAGACAAGUACAAAUUUACGAUUCGAUGAGAAUAUGAAUGUGGCAAAUAAAUAUUCAAAAAUGUAUACCUAAUUAAAAAAAAAAAAAAAAACUUUACACUUCAUAUUUACAUUUACACUUUAUAUGAACUCUUUUGUUUUCAGUUUGAAAGUAAAUCAAAUUUCACGAAAUUUUAUAGUGCCAUAUUUUCAUUCUCUUUGAUUCGCGCGUCUUUUGCAUGGCAAAUAUAUUAUAGUUAUCGCAAUCCGAUUAUACGUUACAAUACUCUUAUGCAAUAUUGCUUGAUGAAUUUUACUUUUACGUUCGUUUAGGCAGAGCUGUUUCGUACUGUUUGCGUUUGUUAGUCGUCCGAUUCCGCCGGGAGCGGAAAUGUCGAUUCCAAAGCGGCGAAAAAGCCGCGACCGAUGACUCUUUACGUACCAAUUUUUGUUACAUGAAUGUAUACACUAUCGUUAUUUCUAUAGUCACGCAUAUAUACUUGCUCCAAGCUAUCGCUAUGGCGGGAGAAACGUUUCGUUCGCUGGAAAAAAAGCUUUCAAACGAAAGGGGCAGCUUUCGAGCAUUUACAAACAAGUAACAAGUUUCAUUAUUUAUAAAUUUUAUCAAUAGACGCACAAAUAUACAUGUAAAAAAGUAUAUAUAAAAUGGCACAAUCUCUCUCAUUAAUUAUAUAUGACCAUUCGUACACGUAUCCUGUUUUAUUAUACUUCCUGCAGAAUUAUCUGUUUGAAUUAUAUAAAGAAAAACGAUCCGAAAAAAUAUCAUCGAAGAAUUAAUAUGUUGCACUUUAUUUUUUUAAGUUUCUAGUUCUUAAAUAUAAAACCCGAUCGUUAUUCAAUUAAAAGAUUUUAUAUUUUUAGAUAAUUUCUAAUCUUUAAUUUGUUUAAUUAUUUAAUUUGUUUAAUAAAUAAUAUUGUAUAUAUAUAUAUACAUACAUACAUACAUACAUACAUAUAUAUAUAUAUAUAUAUAUAUAUAUAUAUAUAUAUAUAUAUAUAUUUUGCAUAUACAUAUGUGUAUGUGAAAAAAAAAAAACAUUUCCAUAAUGAACAUUAUAAUAAAAUGUUGCAUUUACGGAGAGUGCUUUUAAUGUUUAUAAUAUCUUUUCUCUACUUUAUUAUUUUAAUUAUCUUUUUAGUUUUAUUUUAAACAAAAUAAAAUAUACCAUUAAUUUAAGCUGCUCUAUAUCCUGCUGUUACAAUGGAGUUAAAAAAAAAAAACUAAUAAUCCUCGCAUGUGCAUUUUAAUUGAGUUUUAUGCUCGUAGAGCGAUAAAUGAAAACGCGUAAAUAAAAAUAACUUUGAUUGAGAAGAAUUGAGCGAGUGUCAUCGAAAAAAAUAUGACGUACGUAAAAUGUGUAACUUUUUGAUUUUCCCCUUUGCCGCAGGCUGUCUGAUGCGCCGUCAAAAUUUUGUAACUCGUUCACGAAUAUCUACGCUGCCAGUCCCGAUCGCGUCAGGAUACAAACACUUCAUCAAUUUGUCCAAAACGAUAAAAAAAAAUAUGACAGAGACUAAAACAGCGUCAUCUCUCUUUUCGUACGUUUUAAUCGCUACAUCGUUAAUCGGCCAUCGAUUGCAGGAUUGUUUGUACGUGCACAAUAUUUGUAAUAUUACGUUUAAAUUAUAGUCGCCUAACAAAUUAUAUGUAAUUGUCUCUGAUUAUGCGUGUCAUUAAUACCGGCCUUUGACUGUGACAUAUUGCGGCGUGUAUUGUGGAAAUUUCAACAAGAAUAUAAAAUAUUCAUAAUAUUUUUCUGUUCCUCUCGCAAUAAUAUAUAUUCUCUCUAUCUUUAUAAGCUGCAAUAAACCGUUAUCAUAGCUGUAUACAAAUUCACGCAUUUUAAUAGACAAGUGAAAAUAAGAUUUCGUAAAUAUUAUAUGCACGUAAAUGCUCGCAUUAGGAAUAAUUAUUUUUUUUCUUCGCUGCUUAUUUUUGUACACAUUUAUCAUUUCUCAAGCAACAAUGUAAAGAAGAUAACGUAAAACUGUACAGAAUACACAAGUUAUACUUUU